ACGGUAGCAGGAAACAGGCGCCUGGCCGCGUCUCCUGCUCCUCAUCUCAGCCUGCUGCUGCCCACAGGAGCGCUGCAAGUGUUUGGACUCUGUGAGGCGUUCAGGUGCUCCUCACAAGUUCGCUGUUUGGAUGCUGCACCUCGCUGCGACCGCGGGACGAGAGCAGCGGCCGCCCUGGGACACAGGCCUACCGAAGAAAGCAGCCUCGGAGAGUCGGCCUCCUUCCCGGCGCACUGAUGGACGUGCCGGGUUCAGUGUGCGCCCUCCUCCUCCGCCUCCUUGUCCUCCUUGUGGCGGUGAACAGUAAACCGACGUUAAGAAAAGAGAGAGUCAUUCAUGACCCAGAGGUGAUCAGAAGAGCCCACGAAGACAAUAAGAGCUUCCAGUUCGACCAUGAGGCCUUUCUGGGGAAAGAGGAGGCCAAGACCUUCGAUCAGCUCACCCCCGAGGAGAGCAAGGACAGACUCGGGAAAAUAGUGGACCGGAUAGACAGUGAUGCAGACGGCUACAUUAGCACCAACGAACUCAAGAAUUGGAUAAAACGUGUCCAGAAGCGUUACGUGUAUGAAAACGUGGCCAAGGUGUGGGAGAAUUAUGACCUGGACAAAGACAACAAGAUCAUGUGGGAGGAGUAUAAGAAAGCAACAUAUGGCUACUACCUUGCCAAUCCAGAGGAGUUUGACGAUGCAACGGACCAGUUCAGUUUUAAGAAAAUGCUUCCUCGUGACGAGAGGAGAUUCAAAGCAGCUGAUCUAGACGGUGACCUGGCAGCGGACAGAGAAGAGUUUACGGCCUUCCUCCACCCAGAGGAGUUUGACCACAUGAAGGACAUUGUUGUUCUGGAAACCUUGGAGGAUAUUGACAAGAACAGCGAUGGACAUGUGGACGAGGAUGAAUAUAUCGCGGACAUGUUUGCUCAUGAGGAUGGCGGUCCAGAGCCAGACUGGGUCAAGACUGAAAGGGAACAGUUCUCUGACUUCCGAGAUUUAAACAAAGAUGGUAAAAUGGACAAGGACGAAAUUCGACACUGGAUUAUGCCCCAAGACUACGACCACGCCCUGGCUGAGGCCAGACAUCUAGUGUACGAGUCUGACCAGGAUAAGGACCAGAUGUUGACUAAAAAGGAAAUCCUUGAGAACUGGAACAUGUUUGUGGGAAGUCAGGCCACCAACUAUGGAGAAGACCUGACCAGGAACCACGAUGAGCUUUGAGCUCUCUGUGCAGCUUCUGAUGUCUCUGAGGAGGCUUCAUGAACACCGUCUGGGUGCUGUGGUGGCCAUCUGUGGUACUCUGUCUAAAGCGCAUCGCGCAGAUGCAUCGGGCUUGUGUACAACUCUGCUGUUUACGCUGAGUAAUCUGAGUGCAAAGGAAGGUGCAGAGUGGGAAAAGGCUUGUAUUUAAUCACUUCAGUAGUCAUGGGCGUAUUUUGGGAGUAACGUGAAAUGAGAAUCAGAUUGUCAUCUGUCAUUACAUUUAACACAAAUUUGGCGCAUUGUUCUUUAGAUGGUGAUGCCAGAAGCGAGAGAGUUUUCUGGCAAGUAAUGGUAUCUGUGCACAAACUGACAACACAAACAAAUGGGUUAUUUACAGGAGCAGCAGUUACCACCACAGCUCCCUGAGGUGAUGCAUUUGAGAGCUUCAUUCUGCAACGCCUCCACUGACCACAUGAUCUCCAUAUCUAACCAGAUGAAAGCAGCCGCCUUCCCCCGCUGCACCUGGACACUGUGGCCAACCCUGUCUUCGUGCUAUCCGCCAGCCAACGCGGUGACGAAAAAAAAAGAAGUUUUUACUUUAAUGUUGUUACUUUUCGUUUUCAGUUUAGUUUCUUCAUAGUUUGAUGUGUUAAUGUGCAUCCCUGUGCACAGUGUGUAGUGUGUCGUAUGCCCACCUACAUGAGGUCUGUGUGAUUACUGCGUCAUGUAAAGGGCAGGCAAUGUCUGUGCUCGACUUCAGGCCAGGUUCUUGGUGGUCUGUGGUACAGUCACGUUCUGCUGCCUCACAAUGGCAAUGUGACAGCACUGUAGCUGACCACACCUUAUUUUAAGAGCAACACAUCAUAGGCGUGGGAUGUCCGUUGUACUAGCAGUGACACUUGGGCUGGGCUGUCCACUGCUUUGCACCAGGUGGAAGACAGGGCCCUUUGUCUUUCCUGACAAAAUCUUACCGCUUAACCUGCCUGCCUUCCUACCACUCCAUCCUGUCCUCACAGAAACAGAUGACUUUGUCUUUUACUUUUUUCCCAGUAAAUAGACGGAGCUAAUAAACCAGAUAAAGUCUAAAGGUUGGACCUACCACUAACACUAAUGGUCUGUCUAAGUUUUAUAGUGAUUUUGUUUCUGAUAUUCAGGAGCAAGACCAGCAGACUUGCGUUACUAUUGAUGGUGCCUUCAAGCCAUAUCGCCGGCUUCACUGCCUCAGAGCCGUACACACCUUUGUUCACGAUAAAUGACAAGCUUUAGACAAACUGUCGAAUACAGAAAUGGCAUUGAUACUCUUAAUGUGAAUCAACAGCUCAGAUCAAAUACUCAGAUUUUAUUUAUUUGUUGUAUAAUGUCAUUGGUUCCUUUUUUCUUUGCCAAAAUGUGUUUU